AUGGGUAUUUGUGCAGGAAAGUCUUAAUAAAAAGAAAAUCUAAUGACAGAUAUAGAAUCCAUACCUAUCUAAACUUAAGGUACUUUAGAGUUUAAUGUGAAAAUAUCAGGUAUUAAAGUUAAGAUGGAUAAUCUGGUAUUUUUAAUCUAGUGAUUAUAGUACUAUAGCCAGCUGGCAAAAUAUCAAUGAAAAUAGGUGAUUAUGGCUAAUUUGAAACAGAAUGCUCUAAAGAACUUUAUGGAAAAUUAUAUGUAAAAUAAAGAUUUCAUCCAAUAAAUUUAGUUUAAACAAACUCAUGCAUUUUAAAUGUCUAUAACAGAAGAACAAUUGAAGAAGCAAUAUCUAAAUGUGACAUUGUUGACACCAAAUAAUGAGAAUAUUGCAUCUAUUUAAAUUAAUUUGUUUUUAAUAGCAACUGGACCUUAACAUAUGGAUUAUGAAUAUACUGGCCUAAUAAAUAAGAAACAAUAAUAAGGUAAAAUAAGCUUUGAUUUUAAAAUUGCUUAAAUAAUUAAAGUAAGCAUUGUACCUUAAUUGAUGGAAUUUAAUAUGAAUGAACCGUUAAUACACUCAGAGUAUUAUUAUUCUCUCAAAAUGGUUACUUCAGUCUUGUGUUUUUAAAGUGAAUACUCAGAUGCAUUCUUGAAUCCUGCCUAUUAAAAGAAUUUGCAAUCGAUUAAUAAUAGUGCGUAAUCAAAAUAAUAAGUUAUUAAAUAAAUUGUAUACAAAUAAUGUGGAGUUGAAAUGACAGUUGAAGUUCCUCUUAUAGAAAUAUCAUCCUCUAGUAUUUAAGUCUGUUUAUGGUAUAACGAAUAGGCCAAUAUAACUAUAAAUGCAACAUCAGCAAUGAGUAAACCUCAUUAUACUCUUGUAGCUGAAACGUAUUUCAAUUUAAAUUAAAUCUUUACUUAAGCACUAAAUAGUGAAUAAGUAAAUUAUUAUAAUAUUAAUCUUUUAGAUUUGUGAGAAUAAUUUAAAAGUUUAUAAGAUUUUAUAUUAAUAAGCAAAUAGAAGGUUGUGGAAUCAUGGAGUAUUAGAAGGCAAUUUGAAUUGUAAUCUAUAAGUUAUUAUUCCUACAUAUUUAAAUUAAUAAAUUGUUGGUGUUAGAACAGAUAAAGGUAUAUAAUAAGGAAGUAGUGUUGUAAAUUCAGGAAAGAUGCCAGUUAAAGAAAUUUAAUAAUUAAGUUAAGCAGGUCAAUAAUUAUUAGAUGUUCAAUAUAAAAUAUAAAAUUGUUCAUCUAAAGAUGUAAUAUUAUAUAAACUAUUAAUUUAGCUAUUUUUAAAAUCAGAAUUGAAGAAUUCUCAAGCUCUCUAUCUUAGAACUAUUUAAAAUAUAUUAAAAUAGACUGAUAAAUAGUCAAUCAUAUGUUUUGAAUACAAAUCUUAAUAGGAUCUAUUCAAUGCUCAGAAAUUAUUAAUUGAAAUAGCUUUAAAAUUAUUAGAAUCUGCAGAUUUAUAAGAGGAAACAAUAAGAGAGGAAUAUUAUAUAUUACUUAAAUUAAUUUUAAAUAGAGGAGAAUUAAGUUUAAAUUAAGUAGGAUUUUCAGAGGAAACAGAAAAAACUAGUGAAAAAUUGCUUAAAUUUAAAACCGAAAUAGGUCUCAAUUAUUAAUCAUUUUUAUAUAAAUGUCUUGGUAUUGUAUUAUAAAAAUUGAAAUAAAAAUCAUUGGCUGAUAAUGAAAGAUCAUUUGUUGAACAUUUUUUUGCAAGUGCUUAUUUUAAAAUUCCUGAAUUUAGAACUAAAAUAAUUGAGAGUGUUUAAAGAUCUGAUGAUCCAUAAUUACCUGAAUGGAGAUCACUUACUAAAUAAACUGAUGAAAUAACCAACAAAGAAUUUAAUGAUUUAUUUGAUUGGAAUAGACACUUUUAUGAAUAUCUUACUAAAUAACCUAAAUAUAAUGCUAAUAUCAAUAAACUUAUGGAAAUUAUUAAUUAAGAAGAAUGGCAAAAGAGACUUGGUAAAAGAGGAAUAGCAUUCUUCUUUUUUCUUAAAGAAUGGUGUGAUUUAAUUGAUAUAUCAGUUGUAGUCAAACAGAAUGUUCCAUAUCAAUAAUUACCAGGAUAUAAUGUUUUAAUUAAAGCCAUUCUCUUAGAAAUGAAAGCCAAAGAACUUAAAAAUUAUCCAGAUAUUAUGAAAGCUGCCAUGUGUUCACUCUUAAAUAAUUCAAGUCUACUCAACAUUGUUAUAGUUAUUCUCUUUAACAAAACAAAUCUCUUUGAUUCUGAUACUCUAUUGAAUUGCUUAGAAAUCCUCAAUUCUUGUUUAUAAUAUCUCUGUAAUCAUAAAUUAUCAAUGCCAACCUCUUUAGAUUAAUAGUUCUUUUUAAAAGGUAUUAGAAUGAUUCUAUUAUAAUGUGAACAUGCUUUCAGUGUUGCAAAAUGUCUAUGGCUUAUAUAUAAUAACUAUGUAUUAUUUCCAUGUAUAAUAUAAAUUAAAUAAUAGUGGACAUAAGGAAAGAUAUAACAGAUUUGCUAUUUGAGAAUGUAGCAACUAAGUUUUUUAUGCAUUGGUCUUUCAAUAUUAGAAUGAUUUUCCAUCACAUUUUACUUUAUAGAAUAUAGCAUCUUCAUAAAUCUAAUAAAAAUUUAAAUGAAGAGUAUAAAUUCAUAACUUAUUAUUUAGGGAUUUAAUAUAAAAAUAUUAACAAUAAGUGAAGCCAAAAAAACAACAUAGUUUUUUCGAUUAAAAGAAUUCAUCUAAGGCUAUUAUUGUAAUUAUUUUAGUAUAAUAUAUAUAUAGUCUGAUGUAAUUUAUAUGAAGUUUUUUCGAUUUAUGUAAUAAAUAGAAGAGGGUAAACAAUUAUCUACAAAUUAUUAAUAAAAUUAAAUGAUAGAGGAAACACAUUUUCAUAAAUAAAUGAAAACUAAAUUAAUAAAAAAGAGAAUUUAAGAUAAAAAAAAAGGUUCAUCUGAUUAAAAUAGUAGCAGUGAUGCAUAAUCAUAUAGAAUUAUAGAUGAAGAUGAAUAAGAUAUUGCAAUUCCAUUAUUUACAGGUACUAGUAAUGAAUUGAAACCUUAAAUGAAAUUACCAGAAAAAAGAUUUGCUGUUACUCAGAAUUAAUUAAAAUAUUUAAUUAAAGCUUGUUCUGAAUUUGAUGAAUUAAGAUAUAAAUAUUAAAAAUGGAAAUAAUCAGUUAUCCCAGUUAAUUUUAAUUCUUUAUCAGAAGAUGGUAAAUUAAAUAUAAUAAUAAUUAGAAAAAAUUAAUUUAAAUGAAACUUUUAAAGUCCCAGAAGUUAAAUUAGCUGUUCCAUUAGAUGAAAAAGAAGGAAACAUCAAAAAUACUGAUGAAUGGUGA